AUGCCUGGUGCUUUCGGCAAAUUCGUGGAUUCCAUAUUGACCUCAAAGUACAACAAGCCUUUUCCGGUCACCCUGAUCCCGUCUGCAAUCGGCUACUACCUGGGAAUGAAGCAGGGCGAGCGGCAAGCCCAGGUGCUGAACGAGAUCCGAGCGCUUGGCAAAGGCGACAUCAAGGCGGUAGAGCAUAUCGCAGACCAUCCGUCGUAG